AUGUCGAGAGGGCACGCAAGCUGCUCGAGGCGAAAAUGCCUAGGCAAGGAGAUAACGGCAGUAGCGGCACUUGAUGAUACAAUCGUAAUGCCUGACGUGCGUGGCAAGAAGCUGGAAUCUCUCCUGUGCGGCCGCAGCGUCACUGGUACCGGCCGACGCGGUAAGCAGUUCUGGCUAACUCUGACUGGUCCCCUGGUAUAUGUGCGCGGCGAGCACACAUCGCAUUACCGCAUGCAAGGAGUGUCUGGUGGUGACGCCUGGCCGCCAAGAUUCACCAAGCUCGAGCUCGAGUUUGGCAAGGACACCGUGGUGGCAUUUGCCGAUGCGCGUCGGCUGGCGAUACAGGUCACGAAGCUCGGCUUCGAUCCAGUCAUCGAUCCGCCUAAGCCCGUGGACUUUUAUGCAAUGGUCCACUGUCGCCGGACACCGAUCAAGGCGCUGCUGCUCAACCAGGACCGGAUCCACCCGGAGCAGCGUGCCAACACGCUGAGCGAGGAGCAGGCGCAUGAGCUGCUGGCGCAAAUCAUAUCGAUAUGCACCAAGGCAGUAGCAGUGAAUGCCGAGAGCAAGCUGUUCCCAAAAGACUGGCUGUUCCACUACCGCUGGUCGAAGGGGAAAAAGGGUGAGCACAAGAUGCCCGACGGCCGCGCGAUCGAGUUUGUGACGGUCGGCGGACGAACAUCGGCGAUCAUUCCCCGAUGUGCAGAUUCUGCAUUAAGAAGAAAUCACAAUACAUUAUAGAUAGAGAAAUAACAAUUAGGUGCUGCUGUGAAUCUGCUUGCCAUUGACGU